UGAUCUGUCGUCUGUUUCUCAGAAUGUGCAUUGAUUCAGAUACGGCGCUGCUGCAGAAAGUUAGAAAUCUGACUGAAGCCAAGACAUCCUCACCAAAAAACAACUCAUUAAGCAGCGGAUUAACUAAAGAACUACAAAGAUGUCCAGAUUGAUGCUGUUUGUUCUGGUCGUGAUGAUGCAAGCAUGCAUGACUGCAUCUGAAGCAGUUGAAAGUCCAGAAGAAACUGAAACUCCUGGAAUUUUGGAAAGGGCAAAGCAAAAGUACAGGGAAACAAAGGCUAAAGUUCUGACUGUUGGCAGCACAGUGGCUGAUUUGGCUGGCAUGUACUAUGAAGAACAUAUCAAGGAGGUUGCUGACUCUUAUAUGGAGUGGGCUAAAGGCAGUGCAAGUUCUCUGUGGCACAGACUAAAAAAUAGAGUGCCAACCUUCAGAUCCACCUGAUAUACUCCAAUUGUAUGACUUCAAGAGUUAAGUUUGUUAUAAAUCUAUAGUCUUAAAGUCAUACAAUUGGGUAUUGUAAACCAGAUACUCAUUGUAGUUGUUCUAUUGUAAUACAACUAAAUAAAACUUUACAAGUA